AUGCCUAAAACUUUGUAUAGAUACUCUCAAGAACAAAGAAAACAGAAACCUGCAGAUAUUUUAGCGACAGAUUCAGGCUUUCAAAGUAAUGAAGUUUAUUUAACUUUUGUCCAAAAUUUAAUGAAAAAAGGCAAAAAAUCAACAGCAGAAAACUUGUUUCGAAAAACUUUGCAAAAUUUAAAACAAAAAACUAAAAACUCAGAGAAUGUUUUUGUCGUUCUUGAAAAAGCCGUAAAAAAUGUGGAACCUUCUUUUUUCUUGAAAAAAGCCCGUUUGGGAGGCACUUCUCAACAGAUUCCUGCGGCUUUGGAUAAAAAAAAGAAAAAAUCGACAUCUAUUCGUGCUCUUAUUCAAAUUGCUACCGAAAAGCAGAAAAAAAGUACACAGCGUAAAGAUAUUAAGUUAGCUUCGACUUUCACGCACUUUCUUGCUAACGAACUUUAUGAAGCUUCACAAGGUCUCGGUUCGGCACUACAAAAAAGAGACGAACUUCAUAAAUUGGCAGAGUCAAACAGAGCUUUGCUUACUCAACGGUGGUGGUAA